AUGGCACCUCAAAUUCGCCCCAUUUCUGCCGAGCUACAAGCAGUGGCUAAGGAGCGCCUCAACGAGGAUCCUGAUCGCAUUGAAGCAGAUCUACAGGCACUGAAGAUUUGGAUAGAGCAACAGCCUCAUUUGAAUCCACGCACAGACGAUCAGUUCCUAGUCGCUUUUCUAAGGGGCUGCAAGUACAGCUUGGAGAAGACUAAAUCUAAAUUGGAUAAGUACUACACGUUGCGAACUAAAUAUCCUGAAUUAUUUUGUGUAACCGAUGUCGACGAUCCGAUUUUACGAGAAAUUCAGCAAUUGGGACCCAUAGUCUACCUACCCAAUACAUUCAACGGAGCACGAGUAGGUAUAUUUAGACUAGGCGUUGCACCAGCUGAAAAAUAUAAGAUAACAGACGUAAUGCAUGUCGGACAAGUAAUGCAAGAAAUAGCACUAAUGGAAGAUGACGAAGCAAUAAUUAAUGGAAUAGUAUUUAUCAUGGACAUGAAUGGAGCAACUGCAUCGCACCUAUUCCAAAUGACUCCUGGUCUUGCAAAGAAGAUGACUGUGUUUAAUGAGGAGGCCUUACCCAUGCGACCCAAAGCUCAGCAUUUUGUAAAUACGAUUGCUGGUUUUGAAACGAUCUUCAACAUGGUUAAGCCCAUGAUGUCCAAAAAACAACAGGAACGACUCUUCAUACAUAGCAAGAUAGAUUCAUUAUUAGAGCAUGUGCCUUUGAAAUAUCUACCCAAGGAAUAUGGUGGCGAAAAUGGUUCCAUACAAGAGAGCAUAGUAGAAUGGCAGAAGAAAUUUGAUCAAUACAGAGAUUACUUCAAGGAAAAUACUAAAUUUGGCACCGAUGAAAAACUGCGUCCUGGCAAUCCAAUUGAUUUUGAUAGUCUAUACGGUACGGAAGGCUCAUUUAGAAAACUAAAUGUUGAUUAAUAGCGAAUUUGAUCUUAAUGUUUUAAUUGGUCACUAUAAAAAAUGAAUUUUAGAAGUUUUGUAUAGAAAUAAAAAAGAUAAACAAUA